UCCAUAGUUAUGAAGAAAUUAAAAAAAAAAAAAAGAAAAAAAAAAAAAAGAAAAAAACUACACGACCUUUGCUGGGAAGAUGGGUCAGAAAACUGAGAACCGCAACGUCAAAACCUCAGUUUUAUUUUCUCAAAAGUCAAACCCUGAUACUCAAUCUGCCAUUAUCGAUAAUAUUCUUUCUCUCCGAAUUCCUCUCGAGUUUCCUUCAAAGGAAUCGAUAUGGGACUCUUUGAAAGCACCAGAUGGAUCAAUUGGGAGCUGGAGACGUACCCACUACCCCAAGACUUGGUCUUUCUUCCCUGUUUUGCUUUCCUCUUUGCUUCACUGCGUCUCUUUCUUGACAGAUAUGUCUUUGAGACGGUUAUGUUUGUUGCAGGCAUUAGGUAGACACCUGCUGGGACAUGCCUCGCAGAAAGUUGAGACUCGUGAUAAGAGGAAGAAAAUCAACAAAUUCAAAGAAUCUGCUUGGAAAUUUGUCUAUUUUUUAUCAGCAGAGCUUUUGGCUGUUUCGAUUACAUACAAUGAGCCUUGGUUCACUAAUACCAAAUACUUUUGGGUAGGGCCUGGCAAUCAGGUUUGGCCAGAUCAAAAAAUCAAAUUAAAAUUGAAGGGAUUAUACAUGUAUGCUGCUGGAUUCUACAUGUAUUCAAGUUUCGCUUUAGUUUUUUGGGAAACAAGGCGUUCUGACUUUGUGGUAUCAAUGGCUCAUCAUAUAGCAACUGUCAUUUUAAUCUUGUUGUCUUAUAUAUUUAGGUUUGCUCGAGUUGGUUCAGCCAUUUUAGCUAUCCAUGAAGGAAGUGAUGUGCUUUUAGAACUUGCAAAGAUGUCAAAAUACAGUGGCUUUGAAUGUAUGGCUAGCUCGCUCUUUGUUGUUUUUGUUUUAUCAUGGACAAUACUCCGGCUUAUUUACUUUCCAUUAUGGAUAAUUUGGAGUACCAGCUAUGAAGUUCUUUUGACGCUGGACAAGGAGAAGCAUAUGGUGGAUGGAUCAAUGUAUUAUUAUUUGUUUAAUACUCUUCUUAUUUGUUUGCUUGUUUGUCAUAUCUAUUGGUGGGUUUUGAUGAUUCGAAUGCUCAUAAAGCAAAUCAAAGCAAGAGGCAAGCUAAGUGAUGAUGUUCGAUCUGACUCUGAAGACGAUGACGAACAUGAAGAUUGACAAUGAAAGAAGAUGGACGCCCUGCUGAUGUGUAUAGUUCUACUAAAUUUUUUGCACAAUUGCUAAAGAGCUAUGUUCCUUUGACGGGUUUCCACAAUGCCAUUGUCCUACUUUUCUCAUGAAGAUGAACCUUGGAAUAAGCAUGCUGAUCAUGUUUGUUUCUCCUCAUACUCUCAUUGUUUGGUUUGGUUGUAUGCUUUGAUUCGUUCAUGACAAAGGGAAUGUAAAAGAAACUUGUAAAAAGUACUUCCAGGAAUUGGAAUAGAGGAUUGCUUGCUUUGAAUUCAA